CUAGCUACGUGUGGAAAAAUAUCAAAGCGCAAUACAAAUCGUAUUGUUCUUCCACAUAGGAGGAUUUUUUAUUUUCAUUUUAUCACUAAGUGUUUAGUGCAGUGCACAUUCGAAUAAGAAGAAAACGAAGAAAAUGCCGCGAAUAUCCGAAAUCUCAGUUCCCGUUGGACUCCUCCUGCUUAUCAGCCUGAUAAGUGUCGACGGCCUUGUAAAAGAGGGGGAUUACCAGAACUCCGUAUAUCAACAGAAUCUCGAGACCAACUCCGCAACAGGCGCAACGGCUUCGUUUCCAUUCCUGAUGCCCAAGGUUUCGCCGCAAACUCCCGAUCUGUACUUGUGCACGCCCAUAAAAGUCGAUCCAACUACGACCUAUUAUAUUGUUGGUUUUAAUCCCAAUGCCACCAUGAACACGGCCCACCAUAUGCUGCUCUAUGGAUGCGGAGAACCCGGAACCACGAAAACCACUUGGAACUGCGGCGAAAUGAACAGAGCGUCCCAGGAAGAGUCUGCCAGUCCCUGCGGCCCCCAUUCUCAUUCUCAGAUCAUAUAUGCUUGGGCUAGAGAUGCCCAAAAGCUUAAUUUGCCUGAAGGAGUGGGUUUUAAGGUGGGUAAGAAUUCGCCCACCAAAUAUUUAGUAUUACAAGUUCAUUAUGCCCACAUUGAUAAAUUCAAAGAUGGUUCCACCGAUGACUCUGGAGUAUUCUUAGAUUACACAGAGGAGCCCCGCAAAAAGUUAGCUGGCACUCUACUACUGGGAACAGACGGAAUGAUUCCGGCCAUGAAAACAGAGCACCUAGAAACUGCAUGCGAAGUAAAUGAGAAAAAGGUGCUGCAUCCUUUCGCUUACCGGGUCCACACUCACGGACUAGGAAAGGUGGUAUCUGGUUAUAGGGUCAGGACCAAUAACGACGGCAAACAAGAGUGGCUGCAACUGGGCAAGAGAGAUCCCCUCACGCCUCAGAUGUUCUAUAACAUCACCAACAGGGACCCUAUUAUCGAAGGCGAUAAGAUUGCCGUGAGGUGUACUCUGGAGAGUACCCGCCAUCGGAUAACCAAAGUCGGGCCCACGAACGAAGAUGAAAUGUGCAAUUUUUACCUCAUGUACUAUGUGGAUCAAGGGGAAACCCUAAAUAUGAAAUUCUGUUUCAGCCAGGGCGCUCCCUACUAUUACUGGUCCAAUCCCGAUACUGGCCUACACAAUAUCCCACAUAUCGAGGCGAGCACUUUGUAAACUGGCUAUCAAGAGCCGUGAAAUCAACUGCGAAAAGUGAAACGAAUGUAUACUACUUUAUUGUCUGGAUUAUUUUAUCGUGUAUGACAAUUAUUGAUGGUUUAGCGUCAUUCUGUAUCCUAUUCUGUUGGCCACCAAUGAUUUAUGUAAAAUAUUUGUGCGUGUAAAUAAACAUAUGUAGAUAAUUCGCGAGAA